AUGUCAUUGCCCUUCUCAUUGCUGAAGAAGACCCCUCGGGAAACCUCGAUCCCCUUCACCCAGUUUAAAACAAGUUUAUCCACGCAGUUUACGAUGCCAAAGGAUUUGCCUGCUCGUCCCCCUCACUCCGUUUUCCAGCGGUACAAACACUCCGCCGGCUACGCGCCCGCCUCUGGCAACGCCAACGACUCCGUCAAGACCGUCCCGUACGGUAAACGCCGCGGCAAAGAACUACGCCCGCCGACUGCAGCGCUCACUCUCCCGUUCCCUCCGAACUCACACGAGGAUAGGCGCCUACGUCGCGAACAGUUCCACGAGCGCUACGCGACCGACAAGGCUGACUUCGAGCAGCGUCUAGCUGCACACAAAAUUCAACAGGCACGCGAACGGAUCCUCGCCGGUCCAUCAAAGCCGACACUCGAGCAGCGUCUCGCUGCCAUCCCACCGGCGACACAUACGCCGAUCGCCCCGAAGCCGAUGCUAAUCGACUUCAACAAGCACACUCCCGCCGACCUCGUCUGCAUCUUCACACCGAAGUUCGACGGCACGCUCAAACGCCUCGACGUCUUCGAGACCUUCGAGCUCGACGACCUUAACUCCGACUGA